AUGGCAUGCGGCCACACCCUCGACCACACUCGUAGGGUACCCAAUUGCCCCUGCACAGACUCAGGCCCGUCGCAGUCCAACAUCGUAGAAUGGAGGUAUAUCCCGGACACGUGCGCGGACUGCCACCAUGGACCGGCGCUGUUCCAGCAGAACCGCGCGAGCUACGAGAGUCAUCACGCGCUGCUCAUGCGCUAUUACAUCAAGGCGAAGGAACUCGGGGAUGAAGAGACCAUGGCCAGAUUGGAGAGGCUGGCUAAUGAGAGGAGUGGGCAGCUGAUGAUGGAGAAUUCGAGGACUCUGAGAGGUGUACGCAGGGCGGCUCGAUAA